CCUCCCCAUUGGCUCCCCGCGGGACGGGGGAUUUCUGGCUUCUCCCUUCCCCCAGUGUGGGGCUGAGGUUGGGGGGCAGAGGCGGUUCCCCUGGACGCGGCCAGAGCAGCAGUUGCAGCAGAGGAGAUCCUUCUCUCCGAGGAAUCCCCUCGAGGAGCUGGGAUCCAGAGAUAGCGACCCUCCUCUGGAGGAAGAAAGGGAUCCCACUGCCCCCCCCACGCAAAAAAAAAAAAAUUCCCCAUAAACUACAGCGAAGGGAUCCAGGAGAGCAGAUCUCUCGCUGGGAUCCGGGGGCCGGUCAGAGAGCGUAGAAACGAGACACGGGAUCCCUUGCCAAGUGGAUCCCUAGGAGCGCGGAGAGAGAUCCAGAGCUUGCCAAGCGGAUCCUUCUUCUUCCUCCUCCUCCUCCUCGCUCAGCGGAGUCAGGAUGCGGCCUCUCGGGGCGGCUUUGGCCGGCCUCUGCCUGGCGCUGAGUUACCUGCCAACAGGUAAGGAUGCGGGGGGGGGCGGAAAGAAUCGAGAGAUCCGGGGCUCGCUGGAUGCGGAAGUUGCAGCCCGACCGACCUCGCAGGGUCGUUGUUGCGGGGGGGGGGGGCUGGAAGAGGGAGGGGAGACUCGGCCUUGAGAAAAAAGUGGGGUGCAAAUAACCCCUCGCUCGAUCCGUUAACCCUUUCCGCAGGGGCUUUCGUCGUCCACCUGCAGGAGGACUGCUUCCUCUCGGACGGGGGUCGCGCCCUCUGGCUCAACUGGACGGUGGCCUUCAACAAGAUCCCCUUCAUCUGCUUCGAGGGAUCCAGCGGGAGCUUCGUGCCCUGCGGCCUGGGCGCCUACGACCCCUGGGACCAGCUGACCGCCUACUUCGCGGACCACCUGAACGCCGUCCUGGGGGCGCAGAUGAAGGGGGAGGCCCAGCGCUGCCAGCGGCAGGUCCACUCGCUGUGGGGACCCUCGGCGCUCAGGAAGAGUGAGUGAGGGGCGCUGGGGCGGGGGGGGGGGAGGAGCAGCCCCAAACACCUGGGUUGCAUCUGGAGGACGCCAGGUGGGGAAAGUGGCGUGGGAAGUGAAGGCAAGUGGGGUGGCAAGCGGGGUGGCAUGUGGGGUGGCACGUGAAGGCAAGUGGGGUGGCAAGUGAAGGCAAGUGGGGUGGCACGUGAAGGCAAGUGGGGUGGCAAGUGAAGGCAAGUGGGGUGGCACGUGGGGUGGCACGUGAAGGCAAGUGGGGUGGCACAUGGGGUGGCAAGUGAAGGCAAGUGGGGUGGCAAGUGAAGGCAAGUGGGGUGGCAAGUGAAGGCAAGUGGGGUGGCACAUGGGGUGGCAAGUGAAGGCAAGUGGGGUGGCAAGUGAAGGCAAGUGGGGUGGCACGUGAAGGCAAGUGGGGUGGCACAUGGGGUGGCAAGUGGGGUGGCACAUGGGGUGGCAAGUGAAGGCAAGUGGGGUGGCACAUGAAGGCAAGUGGGGUGGCAAGUGAAGGCAAGUGGGGUGGAAAGUGGGGUGGCAUGUGAAGGCAAGUGACGUGGCAAGUGGGGUGGCAAGUGAAGGCAAGUGGGGUGGCAAGUGGGGUGGCACGUGAAGGCAAGUGGGGUGGCACAUGGGGUGGCAAGUGAAGGCAAGUGGGGUGGCACAUGAAGGCAAGUGGGGUGGCAAGUGAAGGCAAGUGGGGUGGCAAGUGGGGUGGCAAGUGAAGGCAAGUGGGGUGGCACAUGAAGGCAAGUGGGGUGGCAAGUGGGGUGGCACGUGAAGGCAAGUGACGUGGCAAGUGGGGUGGCAAGUGAAGGCGUGAUGUGGCAAGUGAUGUGGCAAGUGGGGUGGCAAGUGAAGGCGUGAUGUGGCAAGUGAUGUGGCAAGUGGGGUGGCAAGUGAAGGCGUGAUGUGGCAAGUGAUGUGGCAAGUGGGGUGGCAAGUGAUGGCAAGCUUAUCCCACCAGGAGGCAUGCAGCUGAGCCAACCCUCGAAAGUUCUAAUGCGGAUUCUGAUUCUGCUCCCCCUCCUCCCCACAGCUCCCCCAAAGGCCCGGGUCUUCCCUGUCAUCCCUCAGAACACCCCAGAGUCCAUCAUGUUGGCGUGUGUCGUGUGGGGCUUCUACCCCCAAGACGUGACCGUCACCUGGCUGUGGAACGGGGCCCCCCUGAAGAACGGGACAGGCCCGCCGGCAGUGCCCUCCAGCAACGGGGACUGGACCUACCAAACUCUGCUCACCCUCCCCGUGGACCCCCGGCAGGGAGGCACCUACACCUGCCAGGUGACCCACGUGAGCUUGAAUGAAACCCUGACCAAGGACUGGGGUGAGUGACAGCGCCGGACGGGGCUGGGCUGCUUCACGCAGCACAGAGUUCAGCUAUGGAACUCCCUGCCACCGACUUGGAUGGCUUUGAAAGAGAAUGGCAGCCUCCCACUGGAUUCCCCAAAUGCCUCUGUGCAUGUGCAGAAUGUCUCUUCGUCCCCCCCCCCUUCUAAGUGACCACAAUGAGCCACCAACUAACUGGAGAUCUGGAGGAAAAGUCCAGCUGCGAUUCCUGCCUUGCAGGGAGCUGGCCUAGAUGGCCUUUGGGGGUCCCUUCCAAGCCCACAAGCCUAGGAUUCUAUGAUCUCGCUGAGCCUUGUCCGCACAGACUGGCAGCGCUGCCUCUCCUUCUGCACUCCAAGCAGGUGUCCUGCCACUGAGCCCAGGCCAGACCCUCUCUUCCCAAAAGGGGAAACAUUUCGUCCUGCUCUUUCAGGGGCCUCGUUUAUUUAUUUCAUUAAAUUUAUACGCCACUUUUUAGGGGGACGGGGUCGACUCCAAGCAGUUAGUAAGAAUCAUAGAAUUGGAAGGGACCCCGAGGGUCAUCUAGUCCAACCCCCAAGAAUGUCAGCUGAAGCUUCCCUGCCAGAUGGCCAACCAACCUCUGCUUUAAAAACCCAAAGAAGGAAAAAAUAGAACAAUAAUUAAAAACUUUUAAAUUUGUGAUGAGUGAUAAGCAGACUGAAACACCCACCCACAUCUGCAGAAUGCUUUUUAGCAGGCACCUAAUAUCAAGAGGCAGGGAGUCCCACAGGGUUCGGGAGCUGCCACACUGAAAUACUGAUUCCUUACAUAGUCAGGACAGGUGUUAGGUGGCAGCCCCAGCCCCACAGAUCCAAGUGGUUAAGAGGGUGGGUUGGUGGGGGGUCAGAAAACCUCCACCCCACAGGUGAGGAAGGCGACCCGCAUUUAACAGUUCCCUGCCCUAUCUGUCUCUCCCGCAGCGCCAGGCCUGGCUCUGGACCUCCGGUGGAAAGUGGGGGUCUCGGCAGCCAUGCUGGGGGUCGGCAUACUUCUCCUUGCCAUGGGCACCGUCCUUUGGAAGAGGAGAUUCCCCGAAGGUAUGGGCCAGAGGAGAACAUGAGCUGGGGGGAUGAGGUUUUGCUUUUUGCCAGUUCCUUAAGAUUUAUGCACUGCUUUUUGCCGACUCCGUAAGAUUUAUACACUGAUUUUUGCCGACUCCUUAAGAUUUAUACACUGAUUUUUGCCGACUCCUUAAGAUUUAUACACUGAUUUUUGCCGAUUCCUUAAGAUUUAUACACUGCUUUUUGCCGAUUCCUUAAGAUUUAUACACUGCUUUUUGCCGAUUCCUUAAGAUUUAUACACCGCUUUUUGCCAAAUCCUUAAGAGUUAUCCACCGCUUUUUGCCGACUCCUUAAGAUUUAUAACCUGCUUUUUGCAGAUUCCUUAAGAUUUAUACACUGAAACCUCUGAGCUCUCAUCAGCUUGGGCCCCGUUGAUGGGUGACCCCUCAGGUGGGCGGUUGGGUGGGGUUUUCCUCUGGGUGGGGGCCGUUCUUUUUGCUGACUCCCUCUUUCUCUCUCCACUUCCAGGCUACGCCCCCAUUGAUGGCAGCACCUACCCAAAUGGUAAGAGUACCUUUGCUCCCUCCCUCCUGCUUAGUUAAACUAUGGAACUACCUGCCACAAGAAGCCAACUUGGGCAGCCUUGCAAUGGUCUUUGGCCUGAUCCUGCAGGCUCUGCUCGUGUUCUUAGGACGACAAAUUCUGGCUGAGCAUGGGGGGUAAUUUUUUAAGGGUUAGGGCAGUUGUUUGGAGGGGGGAGAGGGCAGGGGUCUCCCUUCCAGCAAAGAUCCCACAGCCAGCCUUCAAGUCCCCCACCCUCCAGUUAUUCCAAGGAUCGGGUCCACUCGGGUCCCCCGCUUUCAGAGUCAGCAAAGUGAAAAGCCUCUGGGAAAUCUCUCCUGCCCUCCGCUCCCUAUUGCAGGGGUCUCCCUCCUCCUCAUUGCGCCCCAUACAACAACCCUGCGAGGUAGGGUAGGCAGAGAAAGAGAUAGAUUGUGGCCCCCCCAGGUCACCCUGUGAAUUACACAGCCGAGUGGGGAUUCCAACCCUGGUCUCUCGCAGGUCCUAACCUUCUCAACUUUGAAUUUUAUCGUUAUUCAUGUUUUUACACUGUAUUUUAUGCUGCUUUUCCAAUUAAGUGCUUUAAAUUUGUUGUUAGCUGCCCUCAGCCCGGUUUUUAAAACCGGGAAGGGCGGGGUAUAAAUAAGAAAUUAUUAUUAUUAUUACACCACCCUGUCUCCCACACCAACCCUACCAGGGAGGACUAUACAGCCAGAUGUUAUACCAGGGUGGUCCCCAGAUGUGAUAGGAGGGAGGGCUUGGCUUGGGACAGAGGCUGAACCACAAAGGGGGAGUCCCCAAACAGAAAAAAGCAUUUACUCUCCCCCCCCCGCCAUGAUCUUAAAAACUCCAACACCCCCCCCCCUUUCCACAGGUCGCUAGCCUGACUCUGAAGACGCCUUUCUCCCCAAACUCCUUUGGCGGCGAUUUCAUCCUGGAUCCGUUGGGGAGACCGCAAACUAUCAAAAGCGAAGUCACCAACCCUGGACUUGCUGCUGCUUCAAAGACCCUCCAGGAAUGCCCCCCCCCGAAGCCCCAAGGGGGCCUGUUGAGCCCAGCACCCUCCCCACACCCUGCCUCCUCCUCUGCUAAUUUCUCUCACCCGUCUAAGUCGCUGCCUCCUCCUUUGCAGCAGCUGAUUGGAACCACAGAACUGUGAGAUGGGACCCCAGGAGGUUCUCUAGACCAACCCGCUGUAGUGCAUUGUGCAAAGAUGCCCCUCCUCUAUUCCCCCUGGCUGUCAUUGGUUACAAUCAAGCUGAGACAGGGGGUUGGGCUAGAUGACUGCUGGGGGUCCCAGCUGUACAAUUCUUUGAUUCUGUGGGAGAGGAACUCUUUUUAACCUACCCGUGGGGCUCCUUUUCUCCAGGUUUUUAAAGAGAGGUAUACACAUUUGUAUAUAUGCUUUUAUUAAGACUUUUCUUUAAAAUAAAAACUAAGGAGAAUGCUAAGGUCCUGGGUGCGGGUUCACCUUCCUGUGUGGGGGACAAGAUUUUCCUGCAAAAGAGGAGUCUGCAUUCAAACCAUUUCUUAUUUGCUUUUGCUAAAGCUGCGCUUCCUGCAUUGCAGAGGGUUCGUCUAGAUGGCCCCUGGGGGUCCCUUCCAACUCUGCCCUCGCAAAGCAAGCCCCUUUCUCCAAGCCCCUUUUUCCGCCUUCCUCUUCCUAACCUGCCUGCCGUCGUGCCUGCAGGCUUCAUUUUUUAAAGGAGAUUUGUUGACACAAAAAUAAAGGGCAAAAUGCCUUCGGACGCGCUUUGCGGUUUCUUUCUUUGGCUUUGGGGUCCUUGCCGCCCAGAGCUGCCCACUCUGCCAGCCGAUUCUGACUCCAAAAUUUCAGGCAGGUUUUGUGCUUUCGGCAGCCCAGCUUGGAGAUGCCACCGUCAGGAUUUGAACCCAGAACCUCCCGGUGCUCUAACCACUCAGCUGUGGAGGCCUCUCCCCCACCCUCAACCAACUGCAUCUUGCUGCCUUUCCUAAGCAGAAGGGGUUUUUUAACAGGAGUCCCAGAGCCGUUUCCAGAACCAAACGGGCAGCUCAGCUUUUAAAAUAUUAUUUUUUAGGGGGGAGAAAUGUUCCUUUGCGGCUGCUAAGCUCACAAGCACUGAGUGUGUGUUGAGGUCUGUGAUAGAGUUUGAACCAAGGCCCCCAUUCUGCAGUGCAAGCAGGUGUCCUGCCCCUGAGCCACAGGGCUGCGUCCCUGCCGGACCCUUCGCCCUUCCAAGCAAGUGUCCAACACGGCUGCCUUUGCAGAGUUAAACUGCAAUUUUCCACACCUUAACGCAGCAUUUGGGGUGGGGACACACAUGAAAAAAGGGGACCCGUCUCCUGUGUUGUGUUGUCAUUGAUCUGGCUAUACCUCUCAGUUUGUGGCAGCAAAACACCCCGGUGUUUUUGGAGUAGUGAGCACGGGGGGGGGGGGAAAUAUCCAGUUCCUUGAGAUCUAGCAACUUGAGAUUUCCCAGAGUUUGCCAGAGGCCCGAGAGAGAGAAGGGGUGAGGAGGGCCGUUUGCUUAAAACCUCACACGGCAGGUACCUGCCGGAUUACGAGGCAGGGCCAGGGGCUCCAACUGCCCAGUUAAGGCAAGGGCUUUCAAGGUUCCAGCCCCUUAAGGAACAGCUGCAUAUUCCUGCGUUACGCGGGGUUGGGCUAGAUGACCUCUGCGGUUCCCUUCUGGGUCCACGAUUCUAUGACUGAGGUCGGAAGUAAUGCCAGGCUCCUCUCUAACGGGUUAAAUAAAUUACAUUUCAUGUAUUAUUAGUGCCAGCUGGCAUGGAUGCUUUAGCUGAUACUCCUGCAUUGCACGGGGUUGGACUAGAGGACCUCUGGGGUUCCAUUCCAGCCCUACAAUUUUGUGACUGUGGGG